AUGCCCCCGUCACCAGUGCGCGCACGCGUCUCCGGCGGCGCCGAUCGGCUGAGCGCGCUGCCGGAUGGCGUUCUCCACGUCAUCCUCUCCUUCCUCCCACCGCCGCAGAUGGUGCGGACGACAAUGCUGUCGCGGCGGUGGAGAGACCUCUGGUGCUCCACGCCCUACAUCAACAUCGACCAGCCGGAGUUCGGGAUCAGGAUCAACGUCCGGGAACCGAUUCAGGAGGAGGUGUGGGCAAAGUUUGAGGAUUUCACCACCAACAUGCUCUUGUUUCAUUGCAACACCGUGUCCUUGGAUAAGUUCCGGCUGUGUGCUCAGUCGCAGCACCGGCGAGCUGUGGAGAGAUGGAUCCGCCUGGGCAUCAGAUGCUGUCCCCGAGUUCUUGAGAUUUUGGUACGGGGCGUUGAUAGAUUCCCCCUUCAGCUGCCUCAUCUGGGUUCAAGUUCCUGUCGCCUCGAAAGGCUGUAUCUUUCCUCUGUGGCAUUGGACAGCCGUUUCGCCGAAGGCCUCUGUUCUAGGUUUUCUGUCCUGGAAACGCUGGAGCUCGUAACUUGCAUCACGUCUUUUGAAAAUAUUGCGUCAUCCACACUCAAGAAAUUGGUCCUUGAUUCCUACGAGCAUCAGACUGAGCAACCUCUGGCAUUUCUGAAGAAGAACCUAGAUGAAUUCCCAAUAUACCCUAUCACGCGAACCUUGUCAAUUGGACAUUGCUUCCUUGAUGACUAUGAUCUGAAUGAUAAAGUGGAGGCUCUAGGGACCUUUCUUCAGAAUGCUCCUUGUUUAGAGAAGGUUAUUAUAGAGUAUAGCAUGUUUAUUGUAGACCCUGAUGAAGAGUGGGACAUGAAAAGCAUCACCCUACGUCGUGAUAUCAAGACUUUCCACUGCCCGAAGCUGAAAUUGAUAGAAAUCUGGUACGAGAGUGGCGUCGACCUCCGAGUAACCAAACUCGUGUGGUGCCUUGGGAGGAUCCUACCAGAUGCCAGCAUCAAAGUCAGCAUGUACCGUUAA